GCCCCGUAUCCACCGUCCUUUUCGUAAGUCCACCACCCCAUCAGCGCCGGACAUUGGUAUAAAACGAGGACGCUUCGACGAUUCUGCACUCAUCGCUCAACAGCCGAAACAAACACACAAGCUCGACAAUGAUCAAGACAGCGUGCAUCGUUCUCUUCGUAGCAGCCGUGGCGUCUGCCGGAGUUCUUCACGCCCCUCUGAUUGCUUCUCCAGCGGCGAUCGCUGCUGUUCCAGCACCGAUUGUAACUGCUAGGAGCAGUCAAGUCAUAGCUAGGAACUACAAUACGUUCGCUGCCGCACCACUGGCAUAUACCGCCGCCGUACCUGCAGCCGUGCACGCGGCCAUACCAGCGGCAUCCGCACCGAUCACCCUCGCUGCCGCCGCACCUGCUGCACCAUUGCCAUACGCUGCGCUCGCCUACACCGCCCAUCUAUGAUUUCACCCCUGAUACUCCGAUCGCCUGUCCGAAUCUCUAUUUUUAAGUUUUUCUUUUUCAUGGAAUAAAUUGCAACUUAAAACGAAAACAAA